AUGGCUGAUCUCUCUCCACAGGAUGACAUAGUUGUGAGAAAGACAUCGGGAGGUGGACAGAACUCCAUUAUGGUCCCUCUUAGUUCCCUACUGAUCCCAGAAAGAAACAAUGACCAGAAGAUUCUAGAAGUCACCAAGAAGAUUAUUGACCUGCUAACAGGAGAGAGUGGGAACUGGAGCUAUUUUAAUGUUCAAGUCAAAGAAGAGAUAAGAGAAGAAGAGGAGGAGUAUAGUGUGAUGAAGGAGCGGAAGUGUGUAGAAGGACACCGGGAUCUCUACAAGGACAUCAUGAUGGAGAAUGAUCCGCCUCUCACAUCACCGGGAGGACUCAAUGGCUGGAAUACCCCAAUGGGAUGUUCUAUUGUAUCUGUAGAUUAUAAUAAAGAAGAUGAUGACACGGCACAAUAUUCUCCAGGAGUAAACAAUGUUACUCAAAAUAUACAUCCCAAACCUAAUCAUAUGGUAACAGGUCAACAGGUCGAUUUAAUUCUGGGGAGUCCAAAGAUAAAUCACGUACUAUUAUCCCAAAUGUCCAGCCAAGCCUUAGCAGGGCAGAUAAAUCCUUCUAUUCCCGAGGAACCUUCUCCCAAUAAUCUGCAUCCUUAUCAAGAUUGUGAAAAACCCUUUCUUAAAAACCACGACCCAGAAAAUCCACAAAGAACCCACACCAAGGAAAAACCCUUUUCGUGUUCCGAGUGCGAGAAGUCCUUCAUAUACCAAUCGGCACUCAUUCUACACCAGAGAAGCCACACCGGGGAAAAGCCCUUCUCGUGUUCCGAUUGCGGGAAGUCCUUCAUAAACAAACCAAAACUCAUUCAACACCAAAGAAUCCACACCGGGGAAAAGCCCUUCGUGUGUUCUGAGUGCGCGAAGUCCUUCACGAUCAAAUCAGAACUCGUUCGGCACCAGAAAAUCCACACCAUUGGUAAAGUGUUCUCCUGCUCCGAGUGUGAGAAUUCCUAUAUAAACAAAUCGGAACUUGUUCGCCACCAGAGAAUCCACACGGGGGAGAAGCCCUUCUUGUGUUUUGUGUGCGGAAAGUCCUUCACUGAGAAAUCCAAACUUGAGCUCAUUCGACACGAGAGAAUCCACACCGGGGAGAAGCCCUUCUCGUGUUCUGAGUGUAAGAAGUCUUUCAGCAGCAAAUCGCAACUCACGAUACACCAGAGAGGCCACACCGACAAGAAGCCCUUCCCUUGUUCCGAGUGCGCAAAGUCCUUCAUAAGGAGAGCGGAACUUAUUCGGCACCACAGAAUCCACACCGGGGAAAAGCCCUUCUCGUGUCCCCAGUGUGAAAGAUCUUUCACCCACAAAUCGCAACUCACGGUCCACCAGAGAAUCCACACCGGAGAGAAGCCCUUUUCCUGCUCCGAGUGCGAGAAGUCCUUCACGCACAAAACGGCACUGAUUCGCCACGUGAGAAUCCACACCGGGGAGAAGCCCUUCUCGUGUUCCGAGUGUGAAAAGUCCUUCAUGUUCAAAUGGCAACUCAAGGCGCACCAGAAGGUCCACACCGGCGAGAAGCCCUUUUCCUGCUCCGAGUGCGGCAGGUGCUUCCCGAGUAAAGGGAACCUUGAUAAGCACAUGAGGAUCCACACCGGUGAAAAGCCGUUUUCCUGCCCCAAGUGCUGGAAAUGUUUUGCUCAGAAAACCACACUUAUUAUCCACCAGAAAAGACACAGCAGCUGAGAC